CCCCCCCCCCCGGGCCCUCCCCCUCCCGCAGCGCCGCAGUGACACCGAGGAGGAAGCGCGCGGCGCGGGCAGAGCGGGAGCCGCCGCCGGAGCCAGCGCCGUCCCGCCGCCGCCAUGAACGGCAAAGGACAAUAUCCCACCCAGCCGUCCUACCCCGUCCAGUCCCCCGCCAACCCCGCCGUGUACCCGCAGACCGUGCCCCUUCCGCAGCCGCCGCCCUACACGGAUGCACCUCCUGCUUACUCCGAGCUUUACCGUCCCAGCUUCGUGCCUCUGGGGGCUGCCACCGUACCGACGAUGUCUGCGGCGUAUCCGGGCGCUUCCGUCUUCCUGCCCGUGGCCCAGUCUGUGGCCGUGGGUCCGAUCGGCUCGUCGGUCCCGAUGGCGUAUUACCCCGUGGGACCGGUUUAUCCUCCGGGCUCGACGGUCCUUGUUGAAGGUGGUUUUGAUGCCGGAGCGAGGUUUGGGGCUGGUGGAACAGCCAGCAUCCCCCCCCCCCCUCCUGGCUGUCCCCCCAACGCCGCCCAGCUGGCCGUGAUGCAGGGAGCCAACGUCUUGGUGACGCAACGGAAGGGAAACUUCUUCCUGGGAGGCUCAGAUGGCGGCUACACUAUCUGGUGAAGAAGGAAGGGGAAGGGGGGAGAGGGGGGGCUACAUUUGUGUAAGGAAAGACAUCACAUACUGUCAGCACUUCUCACGAUGUAACUGCUUUAGUCCAUAUUAACCUGAAGUUGCAGAUUAGACGCACGGCGGUGAGGUGUCUUCCUGGUUCGGUGCCCGGCCCUGCAGGCAAUUUGAAGCGAAACGAUAACGAUAAAACGAUAGCGGCGCCUCCGUUCAAACGGGGAAGGGGCGGGGGGGGAUUAAUUCGCGAAAUGAGCGUGAGCUCAGCAGCCCUGCCUCUUCCUUGCGUUUCACCGGAGCUAACACCGCAGCGCUGAGCUUUUAUUAAUCGGCGACCUAUACACUGGCUUUGGGGAGGGCGAGGGAACGGGUCCGGUUUCUCCUUCCCUUUACGCUUGUACCGGUCCGCUGGUUCCCCUUCCAUCCGAGCAAAGGUGCUGGGUAGAAAAGCGAUGCAAACGUCACUUCCCAGGCGCGGGGAGGGCACCUUGGCGCUUCUUUCUUCCUGACCUCACUCUAGAACGGAUCCCUGGAAGCACUCCGUGCUCACAUUCGCCCAUCGUUUUCCUCUAGGAAGGUAUGCAGCUGGCGCGUAUCAUGGGAUUUUUUUUAUACACUCCAAGUAAUCUUGGAUUUCUUUGCACAUUAGAUCUGAUCAAAGCCAUGCUUUGGUGCCAGAAACACAAUGCAACUCAUGUUCGAACAUUUCAUUCGAUGCUAACUAGGCUUUUAGAACGAUGCUUAAUAAACAAACGUCUUUAUUUUUAAACUCGACCUGGUGUCUUGACACCAAAACUCCUUAAGGCUGUUGUUCAAACGGAGAGGCUGGUUACCAUCUGCCCAAGGGUGUGUAGCAACUGUCAAUCAACACACAAAUUAGCUUGGUUAAUGGGUUGUUUUACGAACGCAUACUUUAAAAAUGACUUGGGUAUAAUGAAGUCUUAUUAGGGUUAAGAAGAAUAUUUCAGGGAUCCUCAAUGUUUUGGUUUUCUUUUUCUUUUUUGUUUUGGUUUUGUUUUAUGAAGAAAAAUAUCAGAUUCAAAUAUAUUUUAUCUUGAGGUUUCAGUUUAAUCUAAAUCUGUGUCUUGUAUAUGUUGUGUUUAACCAUCCAACUGACUGUUACGAAAGUUCAGCAUUACGUCUCUCUCUCUGUAUACACUGUGGUGCACUUAACUUGUGGAUUUUUUUAUACUAAAAAAAAGUAGAAUAAAGACUAUUUUGAAAAUUUGAAUAAA